AUGGAGGUUUGUGCUGAAACGAUGCAUUCCAAUGGGGAACAAACUUUGAAGCAUUCUAAAUCUGCAAUUGAAGUUAAAAGAUCAAGCGAAAACACCUAUAAAUAUUUUCAUUCCAAUGUAAAGCAAAAUUUAAAACAAACUUCCACUUUUGUCAAUCACGCCGCAAAUGCUUGGCACGAGAAUAAAAAAGAGUGGGUCGGCGAUAAGUCUCAGAAUUCCCCAAGAACGCCUAAGGAUCCAAUUAUUAGCUGGUCGACAUCAUAUGAAGAUCUGCUUUCUACUGGUGAAUAUUUUGCGGAGUGCAUACCAUUGCCUGGGAUGGUAGAUUUCUUAGUUGAUAUUUGGCUUGAUGAAGAAGGCUCCUUUGACUAA